AUGCGGUGGGUCAGCUCACUCAUCUGGUGCUGCACAACAUCGGCUGUCGCGCAGUCGACCGAAGGGCUGUACAAUCUUGUCGAACGGCGACUGCCCAAACAUGUCGACCAGUUUCAGUUCUCUAUCAACUCCAAUCUCACGCAUAAUGGCGGAUAUGAUCAGUUUACUGUGAAAACUGCGCACAAUGGGACGGUUCUUGUGGAAGGGAGCUCGAUCAGCGCGUUGUCAUCGGGUCUUCAUCGCUAUUUGACUGAUGUUGUUCACGUUGACAUUUAUUGGUUCAUUGGGAGUCGGCUUCAUUUGGCGCCCUCGAAACUCCCCCGUUUGGACGUCCCAUUGCAAGGUGCCAGCACUGUUCCUUGGCGAUAUCAUUUUAAUACAGUCACAUUCUCCUAUACAACUGCCUUUUGGGAUUGGGAGGAGUGGGAGGUUCAAUUAGAUUGGAUGGCCUUGCGUGGAGUGAACCUGCCUCUUGCCUGGGUCGGUCAAGAGAAGAUCCUAGUGGACGUUUUCCAAGAGAUUGGCCUCACUGAUGAAGAAAUCGCAACUUUUUUGAGUGGACCGGCAUUUCAGGCCUGGAACCGAUUCGGUAACAUUCAGGGCUUUUGGCAUGGCGACCUCCCCCGAUCAUGGAUCGACCAACAGUUCGCACUACAGAAAAUGAUUGUGCGACGGAUGGUAGAACUUGGCAUGACACCGGUUUUGCCUUCAUUUACUGGGUUCGUCCCUGCAAAUACCAGCCGCGUUUUCCCCAACGCGGAUAUCAUCCACGGGUCGCAAUGGGGUGGCUUUCCUAUUCAAUAUACGAAUGAUUCAUUCUUGCAGCCCUUUGACGAUCAUUUCGCCGAGCUGCAGCAUAGCUUCAUCAGUAAACAAAAGGCAGCAUAUGGCAACAUUAGCCAUAUUUAUACCCUCGAUCAGUAUAACGAAAACACCCCUCCGUCGGGUGAUUUGGAUCUUCUCCGAAACAUCUCCAAGGGCACAAUGAAGAGCCUCAAAGAAGCAGACCCUGAUGCGAUUUGGCUGAUGCAAGGAUGGCUAUUCUAUGCUCUUUCCUCUUUCUGGACCAACGACCGGGUUGAAGCUUAUCUUGGAGGUGUUGAAAAUGACGAGGACAUGAUCAUCUUAGACUUGUACUCAGAGUCGAUUCCCGAAUGGCGUCGAACGAAAUCAUAUUUCGGCAAGCCAUGGAUUUGGUGCCAACUUCACGAUUUUGGAGGAAACAUGGGUCUGUAUGGGCAGAUUCUGAACGUCACUCAGAACGCGACUCAAGCACGCCUCGAAUCUCCCUCAAUGGUAGGCUAUGGACUGAGCCCCGAGGGUCAAGAAGGUAACGAGAUCAUGUACGACCUACUCUUGGAUCAAGCCUGGUCCUCAGAGGCUAUUGACACUCAGAAAUACUUUUAUGAUUGGGUUACAAGUCGUUAUUUCGGAUCUAGAUCUGUUCCUCGCGAACUGUACGAAGGGUGGGACCUAAUGCGAUCGACAGUAUACAACAAUACCAAUCUUACCAACAUCGCUGUCAUUCAACCAAUAGUGGAAGCACAGCCAGGAAUAAACGGUGUUCUUGGAAGGACCGGAACUCAUCCUAGGGCCCUUACAUACGAUCCCGCAACUCUUGUCGAGGCGUGGCAGUCAUUGUAUGAAGCUGCCCAUGUGGAACCGGCGCUGUGGAAUAAUGCAGCUUAUCAACAUGAUAUGGUCGAUGUAACUCGCCAGGUUCUGGACAACGCUUUCAUCCCACUAUAUACGGAUCUAGUCACGACGUACAACGAGUCCGAUGCAUAUGUGGAUACUUUAUCGAAAAAGGGACAGAAAAUGCUCCGCCUUCUGGGUGAUCUGGACGACGUCCUUCUCACCAACGAAAAUUUCCGACUCUCGAGAUGGAUAAACUCCGCACGAUCUUGGGCUCAAGGCGACAAGGAGCAGGCUGCCUUCUAUGAGUACAAUGCGCGCAAUCAGAUAACACUUUGGGGCCCAAAUGGCGAAAUCACCGACUACGCCUCGAAGGGAUGGGCCGGUCUGAUCUCCACGUAUUACAUCCCUCGUUGGCAGAUUUUCAUCGACUAUCUU